CCGCAUGGGCCUGGAACCCAUUUUUUUAAUUUGCCAAAGGGGCCUGGUGCGACUCGUCGAAUUUCUCACUCCGAUGUGCUAACCUAGUGGGAUUUCUUUCUCCUCAAAUCACACGCUGCCGCCGGCUGAUCAGAUCCAGCGCCUAACCCGGCGGCUCCGGCGACGGUGAGUCGCCGGCGUCCAUGACACCGGCCGCGGCGUGGUGCGCGCAGCACCGCCUCCGGUUCCUCCUACCGUCCCUCUUCCUCGCGCCCGUCCUCUUCUUCCUCCUGUCGCCGCCGUCCUCUCCGCCCUUCGUCAGCCUCCCCGCCUCCGGAGAGCUGCCUCCUUUAAGCUCGCGGCUCAUAUGGGCGCAGCGGUGGUUGGUGGAGUGGCGCCCGUGCGGGUGGUGGCGGACGGCGCCAUUGCAAGCUCCGUCCAGGAGGAACGGGUACAUCCGAAUAGAUUGCUACGGCGGUCUCAACCAGCUGCGACGUGAUUUAUGUGACGGAAUUGGGGUUGCACGACUUCUGAACGCAACAAUGGUUCUACCCAAGUUUGAGGUUGCCGCCUAUUGGAAUGAAUCUAGUGGCUUUGCAGAUGUUUUUGAUGUUGAUUACUUCAUUGAGCAGACUAGAGGAUAUGUGGAAGUUGUUAAGGACUUGCCUGCAGAGAUAGCGUCCAGAGAACCAUUUAAGGUUGACUGCAGUAAACGGAAAGGACAUUUUGAUUACGUUGAAACGGUACUUCCAGCUCUCUUGGAGCAUCAAUACAUCUCAUUGACACCUGCCAUGAAUCAAAGAAGGGAUAGAAACCCCGCAUAUGCAAAAGCUUCAUACUGUCAAGGCUGUUACAGCGCUCUCAGGUUGAAUAAGAAUGUGGAAUCCAAAGCUGUUGAGCUCCUCCAAGCCAUACCAAAACCCUUCUUAUCCCUUCACCUGAGAUUCGAACCAGAUAUGGUCGCUUACAGUCGGUGUUCAUACACUGGCCUUUCUUCCAAAUCAAUGGACUCCAUUGAAGCUGCACGCAGGGAGGGUAGGAAGGUAUUGACCGGUGACGCUGCCCGCCUGUGGAGGAACCGUGGCAAGUGCCCUCUGACACCAAGCGAAACAGCAUUCAUCCUCCAGGCGCUAGGCAUUCCUACAAACACAAACAUUUAUUUAGCUGCUGGUGACGGGCUAAUGGAACUCGAGGGUUUCACGUCCGUUUACAAGAACACGUACACCAAAUCGUCUCUCCUGACCCAUGAAGCUUUCGAGAACAUGCAUGGCAACACAAAGGCUGCUCUCGACUACUAUGUUUCGGUCAACAGCGACGCCUAUGUCGCCACAUUCUUUGGAAAUAUGGACAAGAUGGUAACUGCGAUGAGAACAAUGCAAGGUCUCCAGAGGACACUGGUCUUGAGCAGGAGGGCCUUCGCAAACUACACUGCCGCUGGGCUAGCAGGGCAGCAACUGGCUAAGGCUAUGUGGGACGCUCAUCGAGAGGAGUAUGUCAGAGGCAGGGGGUCGGCUCUGCCCGAGUACUGCUUUUGUGAGUUCAAAUUGUAGCGCUAGUGGCUAAGUGAUAUGAGGUUUACCUAGACGGACACCUGUUGGCUUGGCGCAACUGUUAGAUCUCGCUGUGAUUGUGUAGACAUGAAUGAGCUGUUACUGCAAACGAGAUUUCAGUCAGAUGAGCUUCAACUGGGUACAGCUGAGAGACAUUGAUGUGUUAUGACCUGGCCUUCUGUGCGAGUCAGCUGCGCUGUAGUAUCUAGACCAAGUGGAAAUGCUCUUGUCAUAUCCCAUAACAGAGAUGCAGUUCAGGUGCUGCCGGACGUGAAACAGUAGUGUGUGUCUGUGAGCUACAACACGCGGGAAGGUUCGAGUAUGAUGAUCCAUCAGCCGAGCUAAGAGGAAAGGGGUACUUAACUGGUUUGGAGGACAAGCGGGCGACAGUUUUGGAAAUUCUGUUACUCUUCUCUAACAAACUGUAUUCUUCUCCCUUCCAGUCUCUUCAUCUGUUUUCGUUGUAAUUCUGUAUGCUGUUGAACUUGUGGAGAAAGAAGAGGAACAAUUUUCUUCUGAGAUUUGUGUGUGCGUUUGCACCGUUUUAUCACUGGUGAUCCUGUCA